CACGGCUCUGCGAAGUGGGGGAAGUCGAGGGAAUCGGUCAGAGCCGCCGCGUCCUUAAGACGGAGGGAGGCGCGGGAGACUGAACGGAGCGGGAGACGCGGCGCGGGGAGAGACGCACGGAGAGGCAGAGGAGAGAGACACACAGACAGACACACAGGGAGACGGACAAAGAGAGACGGCGCAGAGAGAGAGAGAGAGACGCGGAGACGGGGAGAGGCGCAGUGGGGGGUGAGACACGCCUUGUGUCUUGUUCGCCAUUCCGAAUCGCUGUUGUUUAAGCAGCGGCAGCAGCAGCAGCAUCAUCAGCAGAGGCAGCAGCAUCAGCAGAGGCAGCAGCAGCAGCAGCAACAACAACUAGAGCAGCAGACAGAAGCAACGUCAACCGCUGCAUCAGCUACACAAACAUCAGCAGCGUCAGCAGCACAAACAUCAUCAGCAGCGUCAGCAGCACAAACAUCAUCAUCAGGAGCAGCAGCAGGAGCUCGUGGAGGUCCCAGCCGAGAUGGUGUCUGCAGCAGCUGGGAUCUCAGCCGCGGGCGCCCUGACCUCGGACGAGCCAGAGGAACUGGCGGAACUCGACGAUGUCCAUCAGCGGAAAGAGGACCUCCUGGCUGACAUCCAGCGACUCCAGAAUGAGAUAGCCGGGGUCAUCAGCGAGAUGGAGACGCUCGCCUACAGCGAGGAGAGCUCCAAGACGCUACAGAGGAACAAGCAGCUGGCAACCGGUCGAAAGAAAUUCAACAUGGACCACAAGAAGGGCAUCGACUUCCUGAUCGCGAACGAGCUUCUGCAGCGCACGCCCGAGGACAUUGCCCAGUUCCUGUGCAAGGGUGAAGGCCUCAACAAGACGGCCAUCGGGGACUACCUGGGGGAGCGGGAUGAGUUUAACCUCAAGGUGCUGCAGGCCUUUGUGGAGCUGCACGAGUUCGCAGGCCUCAACCUCGUGCAGGCUCUCAGGCAGUUCCUGUGGAGUUUCCGCCUGCCUGGAGAGGCUCAGAAGAUCGACCGCAUGAUGGAGUCGUUUGCCGCCCGCUACUGCCAGUGCAACGCCGGCGUCUUCCAGUCCCCAGACACGUGCUACGUGCUGUCGGUGGCGAUCAUCAUGCUGAACACGAGCCUGCACAACCCGAACGUGCGCGAGAAGCCUGGCGUGGAGACGUUCAUCAGCAUGAACCGCGGCAUCAACGCCGGCGGGGACCUCCCCGAGGGGCUGCUCAGGAAUCUGUACGACAGCAUCAAGAACGAGCCGUUCAAAAUCCCCGAGGACGACGGCAACGACCUGACGCUCACCUUCUUCAACCCCGACCGCGAGGGCUGGCUGCUCAAGCUGGGCGGGCGCAUCAAGACGUGGCGGAGGCGGUGGUUCAUCCUCACCGACAACUGCCUCUACUACUUCGAGUACACCACGGACAAGGAGCCGCGGGGGAUCAUCCCCCUAGAGAACCUGAGCAUCAGGGAGGUGGUGGAUCCCAAGAAGCCUAACUGCUUCGAGCUGUACAUGCCCAACACCAAGGGGCACGUGAUCAAGGCGUGCAAGACGGACGCGGACGGCAAGGUGGUGGAGGGCAACCACGAGGUGUACCGCAUCUCGGCGCCCACGCCCGACGAGAAGGAGGAGUGGAUGAAGAGCAUCCGGGCCAGCAUCAGCAGGGACCCCUUCUACGACAUGCUCGCCAUACGGAAGAAGAAAAUCUCGAAGUCCAAGUCGACCCCCGCCUGAGGAGCGUGCUGGGGGUGGAGGCAGCGGCGUUGGAUGCCGGCUGGGGGGUGGGGGAGGGGGUGGGGAGGGGGGCAUGGCCCCCCCAAGGCAGCGCACCUGGCGUUUGGACACUCGGACUGUCUGCUUGUUUUCGCGGGCGAAUUUGUUGAAGCAUCGCAACUCCCUCCCGCCCACCCUCUCUGUU